AUGGACUUCGCCUACUCCCCACAUCGCGAGGUCGGCGGAACUCUGCACCUCCACUCACCCACCCACCCGCAUUCGUACCGCGUCGACGGCUUUCCAUCCAUCAAGCAGAUUAGGCGUUCCCUCUCGCGCUCCCCCUCCAAGGUUUCUCGGUUCACCCUGCACAACAACUCGCCGUCCGGCUCCCCCAAGUCCCCGCUGUCCCCCCUGGCUCUGGCGAGAGUCUGCAGCCCAAAGUCCAAGGACCAACAUGUUCAGGAACUUUUCCCGUUCUCCCCUCUGCAGGACACUCCCGCCGCCACUACAACAACAAAGAAGAAGUCCGCCUUCCGCCGCCUUGGGCCCCUCCGCACUUCGCCUCGCAAGCGACCAACGCCGCGCAGAGUCCUCAGCGACACCUUGAACCAGGCCAAUAAGUCACCCACGUCGAGACGCCGCAGCACCGCAGAGGAGGACAACAUGGACGAGGACACCGAGGACCCCAAGUCCGACACGGAAUCCAAGGCGUCGAGCGCCCGCCUCGAGUUCAUGGACGACCCGAUCAAGUUUGAGUUUGCCAAGCCAAAGGCCGAGGCCAGCGACCCCGUCGCGAGGUGUCUCCAACCAGCAAAGUCGAGCCCGCUGAAGCGGAGCGACGGCAUCAUGAACCUCGACCAGGCCAGCCUCGGCAGUCCCGUGGCGAAGAGGAGGAGCCUGCACGGCGGACCGUUCGACGACGUGGACAGCUUCUCGCUCUCCGCCCAGGCCGAGGAGCGCGGAAGCAACGACCACCACGACAGGGAAACGACGAACUACUCGUUCACGCCGGCGUCCUCUUCCCCGCUCGGACCGCGGCGCGCCUCCCCGAUCAGGAAGCAAUCACUCAGACGGUCGACGCUCAACCGGUACAGCACCGCCGGCGGACGUUCGCGCCUCUUCGAGGGACACGAAUUUCUAUCCGCGAGCCCGGCCGUGCCCAAGUCCAAACCUCGCAUUUCCCUGGAUAGCGGCGUCGCCAUGAGCCCAUCGCCGGCCGAAUCGCCCUUCCGUAAGAACGCCAAGUUCGGCGCAUCCCAUCUUCAAAAGCGUUCGGUCUCGGGCCCGGCCAUCACCCACCAGCCACAUCCUCUGUCAAACGCCCUUACUCCGUCUUCUUCGUGCUCGAGCCUCAGCGACGAUGACGCUUCUCCCUCCCAUAUGCCCCCGCCGGCGCCGGCCCCUCAGCGCCAGACUAUCGCUGAAAUGUCGAGGCCUCCGAUCAGCUUCUCCCGAUCUCUUCCCAUCGGUGCCGCCCGCCCGGCUGGCCGCGCGGCGUACGCGCCGUCCGACUCCUUUGCUACUCCCGACCACUUCAGAAUGGCCAGGCCUCUGCCGUCUGCCUUCAUGUCGACCGGCCUCAUCUCCAAGAAGAACCGCAACGUGGAGGCACCCGCGGCCGGAGGCGCUGAGAACUACACCAUGCCCGACACGCCGUCGAAGAGGGUGUCUUUCCCGCCGCCCCUCGCAAGCUCGACGCCGUUCCAGCGGAGCGCGUUCGGCAAGUCGACCAUGUCCCGGCCGGAGUUUGGCACACCGUCCACGCCGGUCAGCUCCCACGCCGUAAAGGCGACGCCCAUCUCGUUCGGUCAGAACGUUAGCAUUUUCGGCUCCCGGUGCCAGAAGCCCGACCUCGAACGCAGGAGCAGCUUCGUGAGCAUCGACGGCGACGACAACCUGCAGUCGCCCUCGGGCACCGGGGAUAACGACGAAUUCCCUCCCACCCCCACCAAGCAGAACAGCGGCAGGAACUCCAAGAACAACAGCUUGAGGAGCAACCUAUUCGGCCGGCGAGCCUCGGUGGGCCCGGACACGUUCGCUCCACCCACCCCCGAAGAGAUUCCCUCUCCGAAGUUCUCCAAGAGUAAGUCUUUCCCGCGUGGGUCUGCCGAGGCCGGUGCGGGCACCAAGAAGGGCCUCUUCGAGCGCUCUCCGAACCCGUUCCGGAACUCUCAAGACAUCGACGCGUCUUCUCCUUUCGGCAGGCGGACGUCGAUCCCAUCCUGCACGUCACCGCUCUUGAGCCACUCUCUCAAAUCUCUUUCCACUCCAUCGCCUGCGGAUGGUGCUGAGCAAAUGACCUCUUCAGUCGCUCCUACUCCCACCCUUGACCGAUCAAAGUCGCCUCACACUCCGCAAGGGAGCUACACCCCGCCGGACGCCAGCCGGCUCUCCAUCUCAGGCCAGGCCAAUCGCAGAGGCUCGGUUCCGUUCUACGCCAGCAUCAACGGCGGGCUGGCCUUCCCUCCGGCCACUCCGACCACAUCCAGGGACCAGGUCUUCGUCUUCGGCAACGCUCAGCCCGUGGCGCCGAUCACCGGCCUCACCAAGAACGACGUCGACACCAGCCUCACGGCCUGCUUCCAGAACGUUAAGCUCCUUCCGGGUGAUGGCGAAUUCUCCCAGGUCUUCCUCGUCGACCAGUCCGCGCACGAUUCGAUGACCCAGUCUCCGUCGUCGAAUUCACUCACCAAGCGGUGGGUCGUCAAAAAGUCAAAGAAGCCCUUCACCGGCCCAAGAGACAGGGACCGGAAGAUGCUGGAAGUGGAGAUCCUCAAGUCCCUGCGCGGUAACGAGCACAUCAUCGAGUUCACCAACUGCUGGGAGGCGAACCAGCACCUCUACAUCCAGACGGAGUACUGCGAAAAUGGAAACCUCAAGACUUUCCUGAGCGAGACCGGCGAUAAGGCCCGACUAGACGACUUCAGAAUCUGGAAGAUUUUGCUGGAGCUUUCAUCGGGCGUCAAGCACAUCCACGACUCCGGCUUUAUCCACCUCGAUCUCAAACCGGCCAACGUCUUCAUAGACUGGGAAGGCGUGCUGAAGAUUGGCGAUUUCGGCCUCGCGAGCACGUGGCCGGCGCCGGACGGCAUCGAUGGCGAGGGCGAUCGCGAGUACAUCGGACCCGAGAUCCUCCGCGGUCAGUUCGACAAGCCCGCCGACGUCUUCGCGCUUGGCAUGAUCAUGGUUGAGAUUGCGGGCAACAUCAUUCUGCCCGACAACGGUGCUUCGUGGCAGCGUCUCCGGAACGGCGACCUGAGCGAUCUUCCCAGCCUCACCUUCAGCUCGGAUACCACGCUGGAGCGGGACGAGUCCGGCGACCCCAUCCUCGACGAGGAGGUCGUCGUGGCCCCGUCCCACGAGCCUCUCUUCGGCUCUGACCACGACGACGAGACCUCCCAGACGCUUCGCAAACUCUCGCCCAGGAGGUACCUCACCGACACUCUCGUCGAGCCCCCUCAGUUCAUGGUGGAUCCCGAAGACGAAGGUGCCUUGGACAGGGUCGUCCAAUGGAUGAUUUCUCCCGAUCCGCACAUGCGCCCGAUCAUCGAUCAGAUCUACCACCUUGACGGUGUCCAAUGGGUUUACAGGCGCAGGCGCGCCGGUGCCACCAUCUACGAAGGCAACUGGGGGCCUGCGGACUAUGUUCUCAACCCCGAGCAGGACGUCGACAUGAUGGACAUGAACUGA